UAUAAGGAUGUCUGUGGAGCCAAAUGAGCGCAAGCUGAGUUUUGGUUGGCUCAUAUCGCAGCAGCUCCCUCUGAAAUGGGCGUAAACGUUGGGUCAUGGUUUAGUUGCUCAGCAGAGUAGGUUUGGGUUCACUUCUGCCCCCCUGUGGGUAAAGUAACCAGCGCAUGGGGAGCCUGUGUCCUGCCACCAAGAUUAGUCAUUAACCUUGUCUUCUCAGUCACUCAGGACACCGGGGAAGGCGCACGGCACUCUCUCCGAGGCAUGCUGCCGCGCCGCCGCCACAUCUUACCAUGGGCGACUGUAACCACUGUACACACGAGCGGGCUUUAUCCGUAGAGGACGACGUUACCGUGGCGUUUCACAAAGUUGACAGCCAUGACAACAACAGUAGCGGCAGCAGGAACCGCCACGACCGAGACGAGCGCAGCAGCCGCGGCGGAGACGAAGACGAGCGCACGGCGGAGAGGAUUCUCUUGCGAAGUCACGUUUCGUGCGACUGCGAUGGCGAUGAUGUGGAGGAGAGGGAGGAGGAGGAGGAGGCGAGAGGAGGCGAAAAUUCACUGGAAGGCAGCGAGGAGAAAACACUGUGCCCGCCGGUGUUUUGCGUCAGACGCGACCCCGUAUCCAGAGAGGGAGGCGCAUGUGAAGGUUCAGAGAAACCAAAGAAAUGUUCAGGCCUGGGUUUGUUCUAUGCUUUCCUGGCCACAGUUUUCUUCUCCAUCAUCACCCUCUUGGUGAAAACCAUCCAGGGAAUCCACGCCAUAGAGAUCAGCGCCCUUCGCUGCUUCUUCCAGAUCCUCUUCAUUGCGCCAUUACUCAUUUACCACAAGACAGGUUUCCUGGGUCCCCGAGAUAAACGUGUAUUUCUGGUGCUCCGGGGUUUCAUCGGUUCCAAUGCCAUGAUCCUGCUCUUCUAUGCAGUUCAGCAGAUGCCGCUGGCUGAUGCUACUGUCAUCAUGUUCAGUAAUCCGGUCUUUACCUCCCUCCUGGCCUGGGUCUUCCUGAAGGAGAAAUGCACAAUCUGGGACUGUGUCUUCACUGUUUUCACCCUCACCGGCGUCAUCCUCAUUGCCCGACCACCAUUCCUGUUUGGCGAACGCGUCCGCGGCAUCGAGGGCAACUACACAAAUCACAUCAAGGGGACUAUUGCGGCCUUUGCAGGAGCAAUAGCAGCUGCCUGUACCUUUGUUGUUCUUCGCAAGAUGGGGAAGAGCGUCCACUACUACCUCUCCGUUUGGUACUACGCCGUCAUCGGUUUGGUCGAGAGCGUCAUCACCGUAUCCGUCCUCGGGGAAUGGAAGAUCCCAUCCUGCGGCCGCGAUCGCUGGACUAUACUGAUCGCCCUCUUGGGUGUCGUCGGCCAGAUCUUCCUCACAAAGGCCCUGCAGAUCGAGAAAGCCGCACCCGUGGCCCUGAUGAGGACUGUGGAUGUGGUGCUGGCCUUCAUCUUCCAGUUCAUUUUCUUUAAUCGUGCGCCCACCCUGUGGAGCCUUGGAGGGGCGCUGUGCAUCGUGGCGAGCACCAGCGGCAUCGCACUUAGGAAGUGGUGUAGCAACUCGCGCAAGACUUGAGAAGCAGCGUAUAAUGCUGCAGUUAUACUAUUAAGUAUCUUUUUUUCCCUCACUAUGUUAUGUUCUUGAUUUACUUACUGUAUUUUACUUGUUACUUACAUGCAAACCUGUGAGGAGGUUGAAGCUCUUGGAGAGUUAAAAGCAGAAAUCUAUCAAUUAGGGCUCAGUUUUGCACUUGUAGGUGGAAAUUUAAAGCUGGAUUCUGUACCUCUAUACAUGUUGAUUCAUUUGAGUCAACCUGUGUAAUUUACUGUAAGCCUUUAUGUUCUUUUUUAAUAUAAAUGAGCACAUCUUGUAGUGAAAUUGGAGCAAGAAGAGACUAUCCAAAACCACAUCCUGCUCUAAGGAGCCGACACGGUUUGCUAACUACACAGAUUUCCUCUUUACAAAAUUUAUGCAGCAUAAAAAGGACCAAAAUUUGAGUUUCAGUUGAAAUGAAACUUUGAAAAUGAGAGUUUGAGGAAGGAUUUCUAAAGUCCCAUUUUCCUUUUGCUUUAACCAGAAUGAAAUAGCCAAAGACAAGGUUUUAUUGCACUUGGACUAUUCAUACUGUUACAUGAUUUAAAAGUCAUAGUACAUUACAAAAAAAAACUUUUAUUUACUAUGGUUUUGCUAGGGAAUAUUAAAUAAGUCUGACCUAUGAGAUGAAGCAUAAAUUAAAAAUCUUUGGUAGUAUUUGAGUCACAAAAACUGUGUAAAAGUUGAAAACAAUCCCUAAAUUGGCUACAUGGUUUUACCUAAAAACAGGGUCAUGCUGUGAUUCUCUCAGGGAUUUCUCACCUGUUUAUAAAACCCAAACACCUAAAUCCAACCUAGCCGUCUUAACCCGCAACAAUCCUUUUUCCAUUCCUUUACAGUAUCUUAUCUUGAAGUGCCUUAUGUGGGAACUGUAACCUCCAGCUUCCCUCAGUGUAGCUACUCGAUAACCAGCCAUUUGUGCUGGGAAGCUUUUACGUGUCCGUUAACAUAAGCCGGGUGCUAAUAGUAUAUUUAAUUAAUGAUAUACCUAAGACCUGUAUCCCAUCAUAGUGAUUUCUUCAACAGCACAGGAGUCAGCUCUCUCAUUCUUUACUAGCACUUAAUGUUAUCUUGGAACAAAAUUGACAAAUUAGUGCCCUCAACAGUCUAAAAGUACCUUUUCUGUGAUGCUCGGAGUGGGAUGCUAUUUGCACUUAGUCUCUGUGAGAAGGUAGAGAGUGUCAGUAAGCUGCCACUAUAAUCCAACAAAUCAGCUGCAAAACAGCUGCGCACAAGGAUGGGCUUCAAGCAUUUUGUGAUAAUAACUUCCCUCAUUAAUUCAAGAACCGAGGCAGAAUGA